UGACGACUCAUCAACCCCCCUUGUUACGUCAUGACUUGUCCUCAACCCUCUCCAGCAAAACAGAAACGAUAAAGGUCCUCAGUCAACUCCUCACUAAUUAUCAUAUUCGGAAAUCACUUCUAACUGGUUCUAUGCAUCCCUGAACGUGGCCUAUCAAAAUGUCUGACCCAAAUUCGCCGAGCAUCAAGAAGAGGGACACACCCUCCUGGGCACUGUACCAGCGCGAACAGUUUUGGAAAUUGAACGAGGGCGAGACUCCCCUCUUUAAUACCCACCCAGAUAAACUUGAGGAACUGGCCAAGAAGAAGCUGGCCGAGAACGGCUGGCUCUACGCAUCCUCCAACGCCGGCCUCUCACACACCCACCUCGCCAACCGACAGGCCUUCUUCCGGCACAAGAUCGUGCCCCGCCAGCUCGUCGACACCAACUCACGCUCCACCCGGACGACCCUCUUCGGCCACGACGUGUCUGCCCCCUUCGGCAUCGCCCCCGUCGGCAUUAACGAGAUCUACCACCGCGACGCCGAGCCAGCCGUGGCCAAGGUAGCCGGCGAGCUGGGCCUGCCGUACUGCCUCUCGACGGCCGGGUCGCGGUCCAUCGAGUCCGUCGCGGGGGCCCACGACGCCGGCCGCCGCCAGUCCGCCGCCGCCGCCGGUGGUGGUGUCGGACCGCCGCCGCGCUUCUUCCAGCUGUACAUGCCGCACGACGACGAGCUGACGCUGUCGCUGCUGGCGCGGGCGCACGCGGCAGGGUUCGAGGCGUGCGUGCUCACGACGGAUACGUGGCAGCUCGGGUGGCGGCACGACGAUGUGGCGGGGGCUAAUUAUGCGUUUUACCGGGGUGCCGGGGCCGAGAUGGGGCUGACGGAUCCGGUUUUCCGGCGGAGGCUGGCUGAGGCCGGGGUUGACCCCUCGGAGAGGCCCGUCGAGGCGGCGACGAUGUGGAUCGAUAGCAUUUGGCAUGGGAGGGCGUGGUCGUGGGACAAGGCGGUGUGGGCUCGUGAUAGGUGGCGGGAGAUCAGUGGUGGGAAGCCGUUUCUGAUUAAGGGGAUUCAGCGUGUCGAUGAUGCUGAGAGGGCGGCGGAGCUGGGGUUCGAGGGCAUCGUCGUCAGUAACCAUGCCGGAAGGCAGGUCGACGGGGCGGUGGCGAGCCUCGACGCGCUGGAGGAGAUCGUGGCGAGGGUUGGCGACCGGCUCGUGGUCACUUUCGACAGCGGCGUGCGCGGGGCGGCCGACAUCGUCAAGGCGCUCGCGCUUGGGGCUAGGUUUGUCUUCAUUGGGAGGUUGUGGAUCUGGGGGCUCAGUAUCAUGGGCGAGGCGGGUGUCAGGCAUGUCCUGCGGGGGCUGUUGGCUGACCUGGACAUCUUGAUGAACGUCGCCGGGAUUAAUAAGGUGGCCGACAUCGACAGGAGCCUGCUCGAGUCGCUUCCCAAAUCUUACAGUCUGCUUGCGGAAAAGAGCAAGCUGUGAGGGGCAUCCUGUGAUGACAAAAGGGUGUCGUAAGGAGAAGGGCGGGUUCUUUGAGCGUGACCCCGAGUCAUCAACAAUGCCGUCGUCUUGAACAUUUGCAAUGGCUUUGAGCAGGGACUGGGACAAAGGGGAACAAGGCUCUUGUGAAAAACACAGAGAGCGCCUCUGCUGACAAUUCCAUUGUGUCCCGUUGUUGUAUUUUGUGAAUUAAAGCAUAUGCGACUGAAUGACAUGAACAAGGCCCUCUUUCCAGACCCAGAACCAUUAAAUCUCAACAAAGGGUCGAGGCAACUUCGUCCGAGAGAAGUAUUUAAGCAGUCAUCCCCGAC